AUGUAUAACGGGAUAGGCUUGCCCACUCCCAGGGGCAGUGGUACUAAUGGUUAUGUCCAGCGGAAUUUGGCGUACCUUACCACUUAUAAAGACAGGAUUAAUUACAAGACGGAUGUGGAGGUCAAACGUGCGGAUGCGUUGGCCUUCAAGGAACCCAAUAAAGACAUUCUGAUGCACGAAAAAAAACGGCAGGUCGAAGUGAGGUGCUUUGAACUACGUCAAACGAUGGAAGAUCAGGGUUAUACUGAAGAAGAAAUUGAUGAGAAGGUAUCGGUCUUGAGAAAGGAGCUCACUUCAAGGCUUACUGACGACAUUGCUCCCAAGAGUCUGGGUGAGGCGUUUAAGUCCGGCACCACUCUUAUUCCGGACGCCAACAGGCUUGUUCCGAGAGGUACACACGAAACUGCUGCAGUGACGAUUCUAAAAAAUACCGUUUUUAAAGAGGCUCUGGGAAUAGGAGACGACUAUGAAGAUGGUAGUGCUAUGCGAAGCUCACGUGAACGACGUCAACAAGCCGAGGAGGCCAGGGCCCUUUUUGAGUCUCAGAAAAACUUGAAGCCUCUGAAUUCCUCGUCAGAUGACUCUGAAGAAGGUAAUGAUAAUACAAAGGAGAAGAAGUUCAGAAAGCGUAAGAAGAAUCACGGCCAUCAUAAAAGGCGAAAACGGAGUAGGAAAGAACCUUCGAACUCUUCAAACUCAAGUUCCGUGGAGGAUUCCAAGGAAGGACGGGAGAAGCACUCCAAGCGCCGACACCAUCGUGAGAGCAAAUCGUGA